UUCAUUCAUCUCCACUCUAUGCCGUUGCUGUCAUGGCAACCUGGGUAUGACAGGCUGAAAACAGACUGCAGUCUGUCUGAGCUUUGUAUGCAGUGGCUCGACUUUAGCAAAGCAGAGAAGGCUGUGUGUGGGGCAUCCGGUGGUGCUGUGCUGGAGGUAGGUUACAGUAAGUUGACAGUACUUGGCAGUUGACAGUGGUUCUACUAGCUAACAGAAGUUGUACGAAACAGACUAAAAACAGACUGCAUCUCUCUGAGCGAGCUCCAUAUGCAGUAGAUAGAGAAGGCCACAGGGCAGGGGUAACAGUGUAGGACAAUUCUUAGGUUGACUGGAGGUAGACUGGGACCAAUAGUGCAGGUACUGCAGCCAUGCAACACCUGUCGUACCAGCCACUGCUUCUCAAUGGAAACAAAUACCUGCAGCAGAAGUGGGACAAGGCCUCCUAUGAAAUGCAUCUGAGAAAGGUCAAAUCAGCGAAACCCACCAUCGACACAACUGCGCCUAAAACCUAUGGCCACCUUGCCCUCAAAAUUAAGAAACAAAAGUUUGAGGAGCAAAGCAUGUCCAAAAUUCAGAGGGAAAACAAUAUGCUGCUUGAGAAAAUAUCUCACAUCAUGAGGACUGCUGGUCGCAUCGACAACAGGAACGACUAUGAAAAGAAAAGUCUCUGCAGAGAGAUGCAACAGCAGGAGUUGCUCCGUAUCACCAAAGAUAACCAGUUGAUCCUUCUUCGUCUGACCCAGUGCCAGCCUCACUACAGCAUUAAGGACUGGCAUGAGGACUGGCUCAAGACAAUCAAGCUCAUGGAGAGCAUUGCACGAUAUCCACGAAGAGUUAGUGACUAAAAGGGACAAGGCCAGGCCAGUAAUAAAGAGCAGCAACACUGAGACUGAAGAAGAGGACGGUCUUCAUGCAGAACACAGCUCAAACAGCAGCAUCACUCACAAUGGCAAAAGGGGAGUGUGAGGAAGAACCUGAUCAACAGGAAGAGGCGGGCCUGUAGGAAACACCUGAGUCAUCUGACACACCAAACAAAGGUCCUAUAUCUGAAAGUCCCCCAAUACCUGAACCCCCUCACACACCUGACACACUAAUAAGCACAUCUAGCUGACUUGACUCACCAGUCAAAGACUGAGAAUAUGUGUAAGCACAAGGACAUUAAGAAGGGGUGAAGUAAUUUUUUGUCUAUUUGGUAGAUUAUUUACAUUUGCAAUGUCUCCAGAUGUUCUUUGAAAAUAUAUUACUGGCUUGUAUUAAAGAAAUGUAUAACU